AUGGAAGCAAGGAGAACUUGUUCUCAAAAGGUUAAACGAUGUUGUUUUUGAAGAAAAAUUUUGCUUUCACAAUUUGGUUUCUACUAUUUCUUGAACCUCAUAGCCUUGCUUCAAAUGAAUACAUCUUUGUGGCAUGGAGUAGAACAACCUAGGAAUCCAUGGUCUGACGGUCCCGCAUACAUCACACAAUGUCCUAUCCAACCCGGAAAGAGUUUUCGACAAAAGUCACAUUUUCCGUGGAAGGAACACUAUGGUGGCAUGCUCACAAUAAUUGGGGGCGCGCCACGGUUCACGGGGCCAUCAUUGUCUACCCAAAAUUUGGAACCACAUAUCCUUUUCCUCCACCCCAUGUUGAAGUGCCCAUAAUCCUAGAGAGUUUAUUCACUCAGGGAGGAGACCCCAAUGUCUCUGAUGCCCUCACAAUAAAUGGUCAGCCUAGUGACCUUUAUCCAUGCUCACCAUUAGGUACAUUCAAGCUAAGGGUGGACCAAGGAAAAACAUAUCUACUUCGCUUGGUAAAUGCUGCAAUGAACACCAUUCUCUUUUUCUCUGUUGCAAAACAUAAGUUGACUGUUGUCGGGAUAGAUGGCAGUUACACGAAGGCAUUGACCAAAGAAUUCGUGACGAUUUCUCCAGGACAAACCAUGGAUGCCUUGCUUGAAGCUAAACAAAAACCUAGUCAGUAUUACAUGGCUACUAGGGCUUAUUCAACUGGGUUUAAUGUUCUUUUUGAUAACACCACAACCACUGUAAUAGUACAUCUAAGAAGCUUAGCCAAUGAAGAACAUCCAAUCGACAUCCCUUUAGACAUCCAAACUCAAAUGAUUCUAACACUUUCUGUUAAUGCUUUUCCUUACCCACAUGGAAAUGCUCCAUCUUCAUGUCAAGGUCCAAACGUGACAAGAUUAGCAGCAAGCAUGAACAACAUAAGCUUCAUCACUCCAUCCAUCGACAUUUUAUGAGCUUAUUAUAAGCACAUAAAUGGGGUCUUUGAUACUCAAUUUCCAAACUUACUUCCAUUAGCAUUCGGUUUUACAGUGCCAUAUAUGCCAUUGAUUUUUGAAUUACCUAAUACAGGAACAAAGGUGAA